ACUGAGCAACCUAAUAGUUUUAGUCACUAUCAGCUGAUAUCGAGCAGAAUUAAAAAAGAAGAAUAUGUCAUAUUCGGAACGACACCUACCGGCGAAUUUUCAGUUUUCAAAGGUGUCGAAUUUGUUUCGGGGUGGUGUCAUUUUUCUCUAAAAAUACUUUUCUACGAAGUCUAAAUCUUCCCUAGCAAAACUAAGUGAAAUAUGUGAUAAAAGACUGGACUAAAAUAGUAGCUAUUUAAAAAAUUGUAGAAUAAUAGGUUUUUGAAAGUUGGUGCUUGUAAAUUAUUAGGAACAAUUUUCACUCGACUAGCGAUUAGUAAACUAUUCAGCCUUCAUACUGGAAUUGGACGAAUUAUCAAAAUUUCCACGGAAUAUUCUGAAACAUGGCACGCCAAGAAAGAGAGCUAACAGCAAGCAGGUGCUAAGGGGAACCCGUUGUCAGGCUUGCCAUCCGGAACAAAUCAAAAACACGGGACAGUCUUGCCCAAAACUUGAUUCAGGAGCGUUCAAUAGUUCUACAAUUCCACGCAAGAGCAGCGAGUCAAGUACGACCAGCAAGGGCAGUACUCGCGCAGGCAGUAUCCAUGCUUGGACCAAAUCCUUAACGAGGCACUCGUCCAAGUCGUCAGGUGGUGGCGGACACAAGCGAACAUCAUCGACCGCUUCGUCGACCUCUUGCGAAUUGGGGGAGGAGGCCACCCAGGUACUGAUCGACGCGGGUACCUCCUCCCCUACAGUCACUUGUUCUCAACCUACGCCUAUACCCAAAAAGAAUGCUGACACAUCGACACUUCCACCAAUCAAAGGCAGUGUGCCUACGCCCGACGCACUGUCUUCGGUCUUCGACAAAAUCGACAACAUCGAAUUCAUAGAUCAAGUAACCCCUUCCGAUAUCAACAAUCUGAACUACAAGGGUUACCACACUAUCGAUACCAAUCAGGAAAACAUCGUAAAAACGUCACCUGGUGACGAUGAGGUCUUCAAGACACUACCUGGCAAGCAACAGAAAUCAAAAGUCAGGACAAAAGCGAACGGUAAUAAAAAGAAAACCAAGAAGGAUAAGGUAAAGCCCAUUGUCAGUAUGGAACUAUCGUCCGAGAGUUCCGACUUUACUGAGGGCAUUAAAAAAUCGGAUGGGACUGGAAAGUUGGGAGGGAAGGAGAAGACACCACAGAAGGAGAAUAUUACAACUGUUCGUAGUACUACCACGGAAACCGAAACUACUAAAGUUGUCACCACAACCACAAGCUUAAAUAGGUAUACCUUUAUGAAAAUUAUGGAUGAGGACAAUUCAAUAAAAGAAGACAAGAAGAUAAGAACACACAGCUGCAGUAGUAUUCCAUAUGAUAACAUUAUAGAAAACUUGGCGCCGUUCAGGAAAAGGUUCUGCAACAUACAGUUGUUCAGAAAAGAUGAAGAAGAAAAGGAGGAGAAAGAAAAAGAAGAUGAACCUGAUGUUCGAAAGAAAGGGAAGUUCAAGCGCAGGUGGUGGUCAAAAGAUCGACUACUUAAUAAAACUAAAUUCUCAGAAAACACCAUUCCGACCAGAUCUGAAAUCCAGCCUGUAGUCGAAUCGAUCCUCGAUACUAUCCUCGACAUGGCAGUAGAAAUAAUCGACAAAAACCAACUCCGCCUAGACACACUCCGCGACAAACCGGACCACCGUCACAUCGAACUCACACGUCUGGUUCCAGAAUAUAAAAGCCGCAUAAGAUGCAAUACUGCCGAUACCAUAACGUCACUUUACGUGCCCAAAAUCAUGCAAACACCUUCGAGUGACAAUCUUAUCGACGUUAAGAAAUUCGUAGAAGAAUACGAGGAGUACCAUGACUCGUGUUCGGAGAUACAAGAUGCGGAAAUAGCCAUAGGACAGGUAAUGAACGAAUUAAGUACAAAAGUUGAUAGAAUGAUCAUCGAAAAGCAGAAAAACAAAAAGAGGAAAGACAAAUCGGUGAAGCAUGGCGGUGUUAUAAGUCUCAUCCCGAUCGAGACGGAUUCAAACGCCGAAGAUGAUUCUGAGAUCGUUCAAAAUGACAAACGAUUAUUGGAAAUCGGGACGAAAUACAACAUCCCGAAAAAUUUGUUUUUGAGCACCGAAAUGACAGAAAUAACGGAACAGACCAUCGAUGAGUUGCAUAGAAAUGAUGAAAACGCGGAGAAUAAUCCGGAUAUGGUCGAACAGAGUGUCGUGGUGGUGAAUUUAUCAAAGGAGGGAAAAGUCGAAGAUGACGAUGAUGUUUACAAACCGAUUGCCGUCAGUCCUGACGGAAGAGUCUUCAAAUAUGAAGAAGAGAUCGGUAGAGGUUCUUUCAAAACCGUAUACAGAGGCCUUGAUACACAGACUGGCGUUGCAGUUGCUUGGUGUGAAUUACAGGAAAAGAAACUAAAUAAGACUGAGCGACAAAGAUUUAGGGAAGAAGCGGAGAUGUUGAAGAAGCUUCAACAUCCCAACAUUGUGAGAUUUUAUAAUUACUGGGAAUCCCCGGGCAGUAAGAAGAAGAAUAUAGUACUGGUUACGGAACUCAUGUUGAGUGGUACAUUAAAAGCUUAUUUAAGAAGAUUCAAGAAAAUCAACCCAAAAGUAUUGAAAUCUUGGUGCAGACAGAUCCUAAAAGGUUUGGCCUUCCUGCAUUCAAGAUCGCCGCCAAUCAUCCACAGAGAUUUGAAAUGUGAUAACAUUUUUAUAACUGGAGGAACAGGGUCUGUAAAGAUUGGCGAUUUGGGUCUAGCAACGUUGAAGAACAGAAGUUUUGCUAAAUCGGUAAUUGGUACUCCUGAAUUUAUGGCACCUGAAAUGUAUGAAGAACACUACGAUGAGGGUGUGGAUGUCUAUGCAUUUGGAAUGUGUAUGUUGGAGAUGGCUACCAGUGAAUAUCCAUAUUCAGAAUGUACAGGACCAGCUCAAAUAUACAAGAAAGUCAUUUCUGGCAUCAAACCUGCCAGUUUCGACAAAGUUCAGAAUCCCGAAAUUAAGGACGUUAUAGAAAGUUGCAUCAGGCCUAGGAAAGAAGACAGGCCUAAAGUCAAAGAUCUCCUUAACCACGCCUUCUUCGAAGAGGACGUGGGGUUGAAAGUCGAGGUGGUUUCACAAGAGGGCAAGAAGAUAGUGUUUAGGCUGAGGGUCAUCGAUCCCAAGAAGAGAACGCAUAAACAUAAAGAAAACGAAGCCAUACAGUUUGAAUUCGAUAUGGAGAUGGACAGAUAUAUGACGAUUGCGGAGGAGAUGGCAAAGUCUGGAAUAAUAUUUGAAGAUGAUGCAAAAACUGUUGCACAAUUAUUGAAGACUCAAAUAACUCAAAUUACGAAGGAAAGAGAGAAGAAAACCAAAGAGGAAGAAGCUCUGGCUCAACAGUUGCAGUAUCAACAGUAUAUACAACAACAGGUGGAACAGCAAAUGUCUCAGCAACAACAACAACAGCAACAGGUGCAAGCCGCAGUGCCUCAACAGCCACCACAGCCUCAGCAGCAACCACAACAGCAGUCUCAACCUCAAACAAUGACGGGUUAUCCACAGCCGCAGCAGCCUCCGCAGUACACCCAACAGCAAUCUUAUCAGCCACAGAGCUACUCGCAAGGACAACCUGUUAUACAAACUAAUGAACAGCAACAGAUGCAGUAUCAGCAAGAACAACAACAACAAUACCAACAACAACAAAGUAUAGAGCAGCAAGCUCAACAACAGCAACAACAACAGGAACAGGUUCAGGCUAUGCAAAACCAGUAUAUCCAACAGCAACAACAACAGCAGGUACAACAGCAGGUACAACAGCAGGUACAACAGCAAGUACAACAGCAGCAACAACAACAGCCUCAACCAACGCAACAAAGUGAUGGAACAGUUAUUUAUCAACAACAGCAUCCGAUUAUGCAACAACCGGAGCAACAGCAAGUUUUUCAACAACCACAGCAGAUACCACAGGAUCAGCUUCAGAAUCCCCAAGUAAUACAGAGACAACCUUCUGUAGAGCCAGUGCAACAACAAACUAUUAUUCACAAACAGUCCGCUCCGACUCAUUUUGUACAGCAAAACUAUUUGGAAGGACAACCUCAACAGGCUGAGUACCUACAGGUGCAGGCUCAGCAACAACAACAGGAUACUCAUAAAAUAUCUAGUGUAUCCCAACCGGAGUUGCUUCACCCGGCUCCGCAACAUCAUGAACACAGACUUAGCGUUGAUAGUCAAAUGGAUAAAAUUCCACCAGGAAUUAUGCAAGAUCAGCAACAGUCUCUUGCGAAUUUCCAACAGACUUACCAACAACAACAGCACCAACAACAACAACAACAACAGCAGCAGCAGCCGACAUAUGCGCAAGUAGUGCAACACCAGCCCCCAAACUAUCAACAGCAACAGAGCUACCAACAAUCACCGGCGAGUUAUCCACCUCAGCAAACUUAUCAAACUCAAGACAGUCAAAAUUACCAACAGCAGAACUACCAGCAGCAACAAAGCUAUCAGCAAGGUCAACAGGAGCCCAUGAUGCAUAUUAUUCCUGGUACUAUGACUCAAAUUCCUCAGGAAAUGGGGCAGCAGUAUGUACAGCAACAACAGAGCUUUCCUCAACAACAGGCUCAACCACAAGCUACUUAUCAACAACAUGUACCACAACAGACUCAACAACCAACUUUCCAAACUCAACAGUCUUAUCAACAGAAUUAUCCUCAACAAACAACCGCUCAUCAACAGAGCAGUUAUCCGACACAACAGCAGCAGCAACCCCCUCAACAACCCACUUAUACUCAACAGCCGCAAGUUAAUUAUACACAGCAACCCCAACAGUCCUAUCAAGGACAACCGUAUCAACAACCAGAACAGCAACAAGUAUAUCAGCAACAGUAUGUCCAACCUCAAAAUAUCGAUCAUUCCCAACAGUAUAUUCAGCAACCAAUAGAACCUACUCAACAGUAUAUGCAACAGCAAAGUAUUGACCCUAAUCAACAGUAUAUGCAACAAAAGAUAGAGCCUACCCAGCAGUAUAUUCCCCAAAGUAUUGAUCCUUCACAACAAGUUCAAUCCAUGGAACAGACACAGCAACAGCCACCUCAGUAUAUUCCUCAGCAAGCGAGCCAGCAGCAGCCAAUACCACAGCAGGUAGUACAGAGCGAACCUACCAUGAGUGUCGGUACGCCUCCCAUGAACCUUGUAGAACUUCAGCAGAAAUUAGCACAACAGCACAUGCAGGCAACUAAACAACCAGAACAGCAUCGAAGUUCGACCGUUUCUUUACCUCCGAUGGCUACUUUCGAGACAUCAACAGACCAUAGGAGACUAUCGACUAUUUCUCAACCCGCUUCAGUACAGGAUUACAUACAGAGUUCGAUCCAACAGCAACAUAUUACUGAAGUACCUAGUCAAGAAUAUGUUCCUCCAGUCCAGGCAGCUCCAGUUCCGGUCUCACAGUACCAGGAAUCUCAACCACUAACCGUAGAAAACGUGAACGCCCUUCCAUCAUACCCGACCCCGUUGGAGACGAUCCUGUCAGUCGAAUCUCUCAGUCACAAACCAUCGCAGGAAGUCAUCAACGCCGUCCAAGACCUCGAUCUAAACGAGCAACAAGUAAGUCAAACUCGAGACAUCUCCUCGACUUCUUCAGACGAGAAGCCUAGGAGAAAACGAAGCUCUCUAAAGUACCAACUGAUCGUUGACAACGUUCAGCCCGACGGCAUCGUCGAAUGCCAGCUACUUUGCAAACAGAAAUCGGUUAGUUUUAAGUUUAACAGAUUCGAAACCAGGCCCUCGGACAUCAUCGAGAAGAUGAUCAAGCAGGAGGUGUUGGACGAGCCGCACAAAGAGCUGAAGGACCACUUGCAGGACGUUAUCGAUAAGCUUAAUGCGCAUCCGGAUAAAAUGUCUGAAGCUGGUAAAGUUAAACAGUGGACGUACGUGCAGAAGGUUAGGCAUGCCUCACUCACAAGGCACUCCCACAAAAAAACACAUCGAAGGCACAGAUCGAGGGACGACUCCAGCGGACAAACCUUUGUCAAAUCUAUGUACGUCGAUCCUUCACCUACCCACGAUGAGUUCCAUGGAAUGAAAACCAGUUUGUCGGAAAAUAUCUAUCAGAAUCUGAGAUGUCGUGAGAGCUUGAACUCCAGUGGAACAGUAUCUCGGAAGACGAGUACAGCUUCUGAGUACACACCAGAACAUACUUAUAUAGUUAAUAGAUCACCUGGUCAUGUUGAUCAAAAUACCGUCAACUAUCUUGCAGAGACAGCUAUUUCCCCUCCUAUAGACUUGCCGAUACAGCGUCCAAUCAUACCUACAGAUUUAGGAAACCAUAUGCUAAUCGGUAGUCCUCCUAGAGUGUUAGAUUCGGAUGGUAGUGAUCAUACUGACGCUUUCAAGGCUGAAUUAAAUGAUAGUUUGCUUCAGAAAGACACUAGUAAAUUUACUCCGAUUCCUGGACAAAAAGUCAACUUAAAGGUAUUCGUCAUGUCAGUAGAUCAAAAUUCAGAUGGUACAAAAGAUGAUUACGUAGAAUCUCCUAAAGAAAGAAUCAUAGAAGUGAAACUUGAAGACAAUAAAAAUGAAAAGUGUUUGACUCCUGACGUUGAUACAAAGAGUGAGAAGCUUAUGGAUCAAAGCCUAAAGCUUCCACCACAGAGAAAAAUUUCUAGAUUUUUGGUGAGUCCUGUAUUGUCUGGACAAUUGAAUCUUCCAAAAGAUAAAGAUUUUGGUACCGAGGUAGCGCCCAAACCCCAGAAUGUUCCUGAUGUUGUGCCACUAGUAGAAAAGCCAGUAGAGAUAAUUCAUCAAGCAACUGAAGUAAAAUCUGUUAUUCCCAGUAAUGUAAUCGCUUCCACAGAACCGUUAAGAAAGAACUCGGCUCCUCUAGAAACUACUAGAAAUAUGCUUGAGUUAGAGAAACCUGCAGAGCCAAAGAUAAGCGUAUGUUCCUUAAAAGAAGAAAGUAGUGCAGUAAAAGACGAUUCCGCUCAAAUGUGCGGUCCUGAACACAUAAAUACAUUAGAGCAGUUGAAAAUUAGUCUCGAUAAUCUAAAGCACAGCAGCCAUCCUAAGAAGGAUUCUGUAGAAUCUGAAACUAAAAAGGAAACUAAAAAGAUAUCUUCAAACAUCGAUGUUAGUGCAAAGGGAUCGACUGUAACAGCGCAAUCAUCUCCGUCUCAGUUUAUACCACAGACUGCUCAGAGCCAACCAUCGCAACAGCCGCUACAAACCCAACAGCAGCCAAUACAAUCAGCGCAACAGCCGCUACAACCUCCUCAGCAGCCACUACAACCUCCUCAGCAGCCGCUACAACCUCCGCAACAACCUUUACAACCUCCACAGCAGCAAUUACAGCCUCCACAGCAACCAUUACAACCUCCACAACAAUCGUUACAACCUUCACAACAAUCUCUUCAAACUCCCCAACAAAACUUUACUAUUUCAUCGCCACAGUCUCAGCAGACGUUACCUCCACCUCAACAAAUGUCAGCUUCUCAGAAUUUAUCCCAGCAGACGCCAACCCAGCAAACUUUAAUGCAACCUCAACAGUCGGUACCACAGCACCAACCAAGUUUAACUCCUAUGCAACAAUCUCAACAAUUACCAACGAGUCAACCGCCUCAACAGCAGCAGUCGUUACCGCAGUUGCCCCAACAGCAGCAGUCCUUACCGCAGUUGCCUCAACAGCAGCAAUCUUUACCGCAAUUAAAACAGCAGCAAUCCUUACAACAAUUGCCACCACAACAGCAACAAGCGACUUUACCUCCACAGCAACAACCGUUGCAACAGCAACCUCAAUUACAACAGAUAUCUCAACAACAGCAGUAUUCCCAGCACCAACUACCGCAGCAACAGCUACCUCAACAGCAGUUAUCGCAGCAACAGCUAUCGCAGCAACAGCUACCGCAGCAACAGCUACCGCAACAACAGAUGCCGCAGCAACAGCUGCCGCAGCAACAGCUGCCGCAGCAACAGAUACCGCAGCAACAGCUAUCGCAGCAAAAGCUGCCACAGCAACAGAUACCGCAGCAACAGUUGCCACAACAACAGAUACCGCAGCAACAGCUGCCACAGCAACAGCUGCCACAGCAACAGCCGCCACAGCAACAGCUACCGCAGCAACAGCUACCGCCGCAACAGCUAACGCAGCAACAGCUAGCGCAGCAACAGCUGCCGCAAAAACAGCUAUCGCAGCAGCAAAUGCUGCCUCCACAACAACAGCAACCUGUCCCGCAACCACAUUUAACUCAACAACUGUCUCAACAGCAGAUAAAUGUUCCACAACAGCAACUAUCUGCGCAGUCACAGAUACAACAGCCUCAGAUAUCUCAGCAACAACUACCGCCUCAGCAUCACCAACAGUUUUCUCAACAUUUGCCACAAACGCAGCAACAAAUUCCUCAUCCGGCAAGUCAGCCUCAGUCUGUUCUAGCUCAACAGGUUCCUUCUAUAUCGCAGCAACAAAACUAUGUACCUUCGUCGGUACCGCAACAGUACGUGCCUACUGCUACACACCCCAUGAAUAUUUCCCACAUUAGUUCUUCCAUGUCUCAACAAACGUCAUCUGUCAUGAGUGGUUCGGUACCAAGUCAGCCUGUAUCGAUGUCGAUGCCUCAACCAAUGUCAAGUAGUGUGCCACAUCAACACGAUAUUCCAAUAUCUAUACCACAGCCUCAUGUACUACCCACUAGCGCAACUACUACCAUAUCCCACGCCAUCAGCCAGUCAACCAUUCACCAGCAACAACCACCCCCUCAAAGUUACACUCAUCAACCAUCAUCAAUCCCUCCUCCCAUAUCUAAGCAUCUCGCCACGUCUCAGCCGAUGGUGAUAAACAUGAAUCAACCACCCAUCGACAUGCAGACGGUGUAUCAGCAACCGGUGUAUGCCGGCCAUGGCGGACACACAAUUUCUAGUUCUGUAUCUGUGCAGAAUUUCUCGUCGGCGGCGGGAGGACCACCUGUCGGCGGUUUCCAGCAUUCCAUGUCCAUCGACGACACUCUGCAAAACUAUGCUGCUGCUGUCAAGAAAGUGCCAGAGAAUCUCAACCAAAUAUUGGAAAGCUCCAGUAAAGUUAGUCAAACUCCAGCUUCGCAAGGUGAUGCCAAAUACGACGCGCAUCUGCAAAAUUUGCAACAAAAGUUGUGUGCUAUUCCUUCGUCUAGAACUUCACAAAAUAAUACUGCGCCAUCUAGCCCCCAACUGAUACUCGCUUCGCCAGAGUUCCCGCAAGAAAAUGUGCCUACUAAUGCAAACGUUAAUAUAAGCAAACUACAAAUAGAAUCAACCAGCAUCCCUAGUAGUGGAACGACCACAUCGGACGUACUGUCUCCAGUUGUAGAGCCAGAAAACACGCCAGUACUAAAUGCCGUCGUCGAAGACCCGCUUGUAGAACUCAAUAAUAAACUAAAACAGAUUAACGCUAGAUCUGAGCCAGUAGUAGAGAAAAAGGACUAUCCGCCUAACGUUCCUGACCUGGCUGCGAAUGAGGUAAAGGGUGACAUUAACAUUGGGCAAGAGGUCGGUGAAAAUAACGCUAACGUUUAUGGUGGUAAUCAGAACCCACCCGUUGAACAGAUACCGCCUCAGAAAGAACGACGGAUUUCGAGGUUCCAAGUGAGCGUCGUUACCGAACCGGAGAAAAGUCAAAAGGCAGAAGAUGCCCAGCAGCACGAUAGGAAAGAUAGCACCGUUUCUAUAGACUCAGCUGAAGCUAAAAAAGAAGCUGAUUUCGCUACUGUUAUUAAUACCACUUUCGAUUCUUUGAAAACUACUUUAGUUAGAUCGUUGCCUACAGGAGGAACUGAAGAAGUAAAUUCUGAGGAAGAAGAACAAGUUUCCAAUAUCAAACCGCAUGAAGUUGGUAACAACAACGACAUUAAGCACUCCCGUAACAUUGGCACCACUAAUUUCAGUUACCACCUGAAUAACAUUAAAACCAAUACACAUUCACACAUAUCAUUUUCCAAAGAUCAUUCCCUGCAUGGUGUUGGAAAUUUAAAGAGAUCAUUAUCGUAUGUCGAUUUGAAAAAAGAGAUAGAGAGUUUGAUGCCCAUUAGGGAAAAGAUUGAGCCGGCCAAUGAGGAUCGUAAGAUGUGUAGCGUUAGGAAACAUUCGAAGAGUUUUCGGCAUUUUCCAAAGAUCGUCGUGCAUCCUCCAGAUGAAACUAACUUGUCGAGUAGCAUGCCGAAUAUCCACACGUUUGUCCACAACGACAUGAAUGAUCUUAUGAUUAACCACGUGUUUGAUCAGAAUGCAUCUUGUCCUGAUCUAACAGACGAUAGGUAUUUCACUAAUGAUAACACUAGUAUUGAUACAGACGAUGUUUUCGAAAGUUUCGAUGAGUUUGCAGAAAAUAUUUCUGUCUGUAGCGAGAGUUGUAUACCGGAUAUUAAUUUUAAAGACUUCGGUGAGACUCAUACUCGGAAAUAUAAUUCGUUGGCUGAAGCCAGAAACUUCUUUGUCAAAGAACCGGUAAGUAGCAAACCAAGACUAAUACCACUGCCUAGACGCACAAAGAAGGACGAAACGCCUAGUGACUAUCUAAAACGCAACUGGAAGGAAAAACAUUCUGCUUCAAUGCCUAAAUUAUAUAAAAGACAAAACACUGAACCAAUCUUCGAAACCUAUCAUACCAUCCACGGUGGUAUGAACAUCAGCAACCACUUUCCCGGAUUAACACACAUUCCAUCACCUCAACAUUUCGAUCCUUCUUUGCCUCAUUACGCUAGAACCGUCAGCCCUUGUACAUGCUUUCACGGCAGCUUAAACAGAUUUGAAGUAGACUAUCAACAUUAUGCUGAACAGGGUCUGUCGGCCAGAAGUAUGAGCUCUAUACCACACGGAAACUACCAACUUAACACACGCAUACACACUGAUGAUAUCGGCAAAUGUUGUGGGGGUGCAAACUGUCAGACAGUGGUGCCAAUAACUGAAUAUUUGGACACUUAUUUGCCAAAAACGGAGGAAACAUUCGAAGAAAUGCUGAAUCGCCAGAAGGCUGAACUAAAUGCUUUAAUGGAAGCUCACAGAAAGCAACAGUUAGAAUACAUGGAGUUUCAUCGAAAAUUAACCGAAGAGAGUAAAAAACAUUGAAGAGGAUCAACAGAUUAAAGUGAGAAUGUAAGGCUGUAUAAUAAAUAAUUAUUAUUGUUUAUAUUGUAUUAUAUUUUAAAGAAGUCCUAGAUAUUAAUUACAAUGAUUGCUGAUAAUUUAUUUUUAAUAUCUCCUGUUAUUCCUAGUUUUGUUUUAUUUAUUUUAGAAAGUGACAGCAGUAAUAAAGUCUUGUACGGAAGAUAAGGAUAGAAAAUGUUUUCCUUAUCCUCCACAGAUUAUUCCUAUAUUAUAUUCAUGUAUAAUUUUUCUUUGGAAUCAAUAUAAAAUUGUUAUUAUUUUUA